CUCUCGUUGCCGGCCCAUUCAUGAAACGCCCCCCGUUCCUCUCUCUCUCUCCUCCGACCCCUCCGCCGUCGCCUCCCAGCCUCGCCGCGGCGGCGGCGGCGGCCGGAGAGAGUAUGCCAGCGAGCAAUGUUCGGUCUGCAGGCGGCCGUAGAGCGUGGCAGGGAGAAUGGGGUGUGACGCGGGCCUCACCUCUACGACGACCACGACCGGCCGUCCGCUUCGACGCCGGCAAGCUCGAGCGCCUCAACGACCACUUUCUCCUCCGCAGGUUCGGUUAGCCCCUCCUCUCAUCUCAUAUACCACAUCAGACUAGUUGAAUCUUGGUCAACUCAUAGUUUCAUACGAUCAUACUACUGCAUAAGUCUGAAUCUUGGUCAACUAGUUGAAUCUUGAAGAAUGCCACUCCUAAUCUUGGUCAAUUUCCAAUAGGAGUAUUUCUUUCUGUAGUUGACAUGUGCUGUUAGAAGUUCCUCGCUAUUGCCGCAGGCGUGGAAAUGAAGCUCUCUUUUCCAUUAGCAUACUAUUUGCAUUUGUAACAUUCGACCAUUGCAGCAAAUUUUUGUGGGUUGGUUUCGGUCAAUGCCGUGAUCAUUCAGGCCACUUCCUUGUUGACUGACCUUUUGACACUUAGCAACUUAGCAUGCCAUGAGGGGUAUGGUUAGCACUCCCCGGCCCAGAGCUCACUGUCAUAGUGGAAAAUUCCAAAAAUACAGCUUUCCUGUUAAGCUUGGUGGAAGCCCCAUGAUUGACUUGCCCAUGGCCCGCGGCAGCCAUUGUGGAAGCCUAAUUCAUGUCUGACUUGACCCAGGUCCAUGGCCACCACUUAGUAGUGGUGGAAAGCAUCAUCUGAAGUCUACUUUGGUGUGCUAGGGAGCUUGUCAACCCUGCCGACUAGCACAUAGUUUUCAUGGUAAUGCACUAAUACUGCCUGCCUUGUAUUAUGCAGAGAGAUAGUGGUCCCAAUCUGAAUUGGGCUGCUGCUGUCCUAAUCUGAAUUUGGUUGGUCCCAAAUGGAUCAUAGUGAAAUUCCGCAUGAGACAGUCAGCUGUACAUGCCUUCCUAAUCGAAAAUUGAUUGGUCCCAGUCUAGAUAUACAUCCUAGCGGAGCAGAGCAGAGCAAAUUCACAUUCACACUCUUCGAAUUGGGCCACUGCUGUCCUAAUCUGAACUUGGUUGGUCCCAAAUGGAUGGUAGUGACAUUACGCGUGAGACAUCAGCUGAACACAUUAUUGCUUCCUGUUCCAGUCUAUAUAUACAUUCACUUCUUCCUUCUUCAAAUAGCAGAGCAGAGCAGAGCACAUUCACACUCUUCCCCAUGCCUCUCCUCUACAUAUUAUUGCUUGGGUUUCUCCUCUCGCACACUCCUUGCUGUUGCUCUUCUGCACCUGCAAGCGAUACCCUCACUGAAGGUCAAGUGCUUGCCGUUGGCGACAAGCUCGUCUCGAUGAACGGCAAGUACGCACUUGGCUUCUUCCAGCCAGCAGCGAGCACCAUCAGUAAGUCCCAGAACACCACCAGCUCCAGAUCCAGCUCCAGCUGGUACCUUGGCAUAUGGUUCAAUAAGAUCCCGGUUUUUACUGUUGUGUGGGUUGCUAAUCGGGAGGAGCCCAUCCCCCAUCCCAACAUCAACUCAACAAAGCUCAAGUUCUCAAGUGACGGCAAUCUUGUCAUUGUCAUAAACCAUGGUGAUGCCGUCACUGAAUCCCUUGUUUGGUCCACUUGCAUUGUCAAUAGGACACAAACCAGUAGCAUAAACACCACCACCUCUGGUGCCGCUGUUCUCUUGAACAGCGGAAACCUUGCCCUACUCACAAAUAGCAAAGUGAUGUUGUGGCAGAGCUUCGACUACCCAACAGAUAUCGCGCUUUCUGGCGCCAAGCUUGGCUGGAACAAGGUCACCGGUUUCAGUCGCAAGUUCAUGUCAAAGAAGAGCCUCAUUGAUAUGGGUCUCGGCUCAUACAGCCUAGAACUAGACACCAGCGGCGUCGCCGUCCUCAAGCGCCGCAACAAUCCCUCUGUAGUCUAUUGGCAUUGGGCAUCCUCCAAAACAUCAUCACUGAGUGUUAUACCAACACUCAAGACAAUAAUAGAUUUGGAUCCACGCACCAAAGGCUUGAUGAACCCGAUAUAUGUUGACAAUGACCAAGAGGAGUAUUACAUGUACACUUCGCCGGAUGAAUCAUCAUCUUCCCUGUUUGUCUCACUAGACAUCUCUGGUCAGGUCAAGCUGAAUGUUUGGUCGGAAGCCAACCUUGCUUGGCAAACCAUAUGUGCUGAGCCUGCCGAUGCUUGCACUCCAGCUGCUACCUGCGGACCUUUCACAGUCUGCAAUGGCAAUGCACAGCCAUCCUGUGACUGUAUGGAGAGCUUCUCUCAGAAGUCACCGCAGGAUUGGGAGUUUGAUGAUCGAACAGGAGGAUGCAUCAGAAACACGCCUUUACAUUGCAGCACCAGUGCUAACAACCAAAACAUGACAAGUUCAACAGACAUAUUCCACCCCAUUUCUCAAGUUACAUUACCCUACAACCCACAAAGCAUAGAUGUUGCUACCACUCAGAGCAAAUGUGAAGAAGCUUGUCUCAGUUCCUGCUCCUGCACUGCUUAUUCUUAUAACAAUAGCAGAUGCUCUGUCUGGCAUGGUGAAUUACUUAGUGUAAAUCUGAAUGAUGGCAUUGAUAAUAAUUCUAAAGAUGCCCUUUAUCUUCGCCUUGCUGCGUCUGCCAAGUUUGAAAAGAGGAAGAAAAAAGCAACAAACAUUAGAGUUGUAACUGCUGCAAGCAUUAUUGGUUUUGGAUUAUUGCUAAUGCUCGUGCUGCUGCUACUGAUUUGGAAGAACAAAUUCAAGCCAUUAUACAACAAUCAAGGUAGUGAUGGUGGGAUAAUAGCCUUUAGAUACACUGAUUUAGUGCGUGCUACUAAAAACUUCUCAGAAAAGCUGGGAGGAGGUGGUUUUGGCUCUGUGUACAAAGGAGUCUUAAAGGACUCAACUAAUAUAGCAGUGAAAAGACUUGAUGGUGCCCGUCAAGGAGAGAAGCAAUUCAGGGCUGAGGUGAGCUCAGUUGGACUGAUCCAACAUAUCAACAUUGUAAAAUUGAUCGGUUUCUGCUGCGAAGGUGAUCACAGGUUACUUGUGUAUGAACACAUGGUAAAUGGGUCUCUUGAUGGUAUCCUAUUUGAGAAGGGCAAUGCUGCUUCUGUCCUAGAUUGGAACACCAGAUAUCAAAUAGCCCUAGGAGUUGCCAAAGGAUUGUCCUACUUGCAUGAGAGUUGUCACAAAUGCAUCAUACAUUGUGACAUUAAGCCAGGAAACAUACUCGUGGAUGCAUCAUUUGUUCCUAAAAUCGCAGACUUUGGGUUGGCUGCGUUUGUGGGGAGGGAUUUUAGCCGAGUUAUGACUACAUUCAGAGGAACUGCUGGUUAUCUUGCCCCAGAGUGGCUUAGCGGAGUUGCAAUCACACCGAAAGUUGACGUUUACGGCUUCGGCAUGGUACUUCUAGAAAUCAUAUCAGGAAGGAGGAAUUCCUCACUAGAAACACCAUACAACACUAGAAGCAGCACCACCAGGUACCAGAAUGUUGAAUAUUUCCCUGUGCAAGCCAUCAGCAAGCUUCAUGACGGAGAUGUGAAGAGUUUGGUGGAUCCACAGUUGCAUGGUGACUUCAAUUUGGAAGAGUCUGAAAGGAUUUGCAAAGUUGCAUGCUGGUGCAUCCAAGAUAAUGAGUUUGAUCGGCCGACUAUGGGUGAAGUGGUCCGGGUUCUUGACGGUCUACAGGAGAUUAAUAUGCCCCCUAUGCCAAGACUGCUUGCGUCUCUAACGGAACAGCUUGGUGCCGCAACUCCAGUGUAAUAUUAAUCAUUCAUAGAGAGUGUUUCACAUGCGAUCGAUGUUAUUAAUCUUUGUUUCAGCAAAUUCUUGGAAAUUGUAAUGUGCAGUGGAAGGAAUAAAGGAAGAAGGCAAGCUUUCAGUCGCUAAAUCCUCUGUUAUUAUGUUUUUGUAUGGUAAGGAAGCAUUGUAGAAAAAUACAGCAGAGCUUGAAAUAUGUGUAUGCUUUGUUGAUGGACUAGUUUGAUGCAUAUCCUUGAAUCCUUAAAUCGAAGUUAUACAUAUAUGCCACUACCCGUUUUCAUCAAGAGCAAGCAUAGCUUGGUCGUGCCUCCGUGGCUCCCUUGAUGAUGUGGCCCUUUUUGCACGGUGCUGGCACCCGGGACCCACAGACAAGGGUCCGAGGGCAGCGAAAACAAGAACGGCGUCUUGCUGCAAGAUCACCAACAUGUAGUCUGCUCGGAUUGAACCAAUGUGUCCUACCCGCUUGGCGAAAUGUGAGGCUUGCUCCAGUGCCGGCGUGGUUGCGAAGGAACAUGCUCAUACGAAUGAGAAAAGGAAUCCAGGUUUGAAGAUAGGACAUGAUGCAACCUAGAAGAAACCUCCGCCACUGGACGAUAAUUCGUCACAUAAAGUGCUCUAUCUCCUUGAGUCCAUGCUGCCAGAGCAAUGCAGAAGCAUCCUCCUACUGUAAUAACUUCAUAUGGGCUUUUAAGCAUCCCAAAUCUUACAAAUUUGGUAAAGGAUUCCACCAGCAGCAGCAAACAAAUGUUUUUUUUUCUUUCUACUGUAUGCAAAUGUGCUGAUGUAUUUAUGUGCUGUGUUAAGCAUUGCACUGUGCUUACACGCUCAUACUAAACUGCUUAGAGAAAAAGCUGCAGCGAUUCAUCCUGCAUAAAAACAUCUAGGUGAUAAUUGUGGUGUUCUUUUUAGACCUGGGAUUGGAACUUUGAAACUUCUAAUUACAGUGCAGGGAUAGGUUACUGUUAGCAUGCUUAGGUAUUGUUAAAUAAUUGUUUUCAGAAUGUACCUAAUCAGGAGACUGAACAAGCUGUAUAAUCACCUGGUAUUUUGAAAUGCCUGUCUGAUUCCUAUAUAGUCUUGGAUAAACCAAAUCAUACUGUAAAGCCACUCGAAUCUUGGUCCCUCCGUCUAGAGAGUCGCUUCCGGCGGCGAAUUGCAACACCGCGAAUGGCAGGCCUCCAUCUCAUCUCUUUCUCUAUUCAUGACUGGCAGGCCAACGGCUAUACGACGGUGUUUCUACCUCUGGUUCUACAAGCUGAGAAAUGGUUGGCUGGUGGUGGUGAGCUCUCUCUUCUCUUCUCUUCUCUUCCCACACGCUGUCCAAAAUUGUAUUUUCCCAACUAUUGCAGGUCCAACUCAUCUUGAAAAAAGAUUGUUUAUUCCUUGCUGUUCUAUUUGUUGCCAUAUUUCCUGUUCUGACAAUAGAGGAGCAGCCUGUUCUCUAGAUGCUCUGCUUUUAGAUAUAUCGAUGUAUGCUGUAUUUCCUUUAUCCUGAACUUGUCAAUGCUAUAAAAGAAGAUUUUGCCUGUUAGGUGCUUUCUUUCUGACCUUCUGUAGAUUAACCUUUCGCACUUACAAGUUCACCGAGGGGAAGAUUUGACUCUUCACAGUAGGCAUGUGAUCUAAUGAGAGGGCUUGAUGAAUCUUAUGUCUGGGUUGGAGCAUGGUCCAAGAGCCUAGGAUGGUGCCAUUGCUUGUGUAGGUAUAAGUUAAAUAUCAGUCCUGAAGAGUUGGGCCUGGCACUCUGAUAUUGCCACCACUACCACCAUUCCUUUUUCUUUUCUUGACUGAAAUACCACAGGGGAAGCCCCUGGAGUGUGAUUUUUUAUAGAUAAAAAACGGUGUACAUGAUUUACAUGUCCUUGGGUAAAAAAUAAAAUAAAUGAAAAGAAGGUUUAAACAAGGGACUCAAACAAAAAGAGGAAGCAACCAGUCUAACAGGGGUUGAACUAGAGAAGGCGACUUGAAAUCGAUGAAGCUGUAGAUCACCCUGAAACUUCUGUAGCUCAUAUGUGUUUUAAGUUUGCCAACUGCAGCUCACAGCA